CUCUGGAAGACAGCAGGGAGCAUUUGGCCGCAGGUGAAGGGAGGGCUGCUCUGGCGCAGAGAACACCUGCUGUAAUGGCGCCGUUAUUGCGCGGUACCACUUUACACUUCAGACCAGAAAACCGUUAAGUCUGCACCAAUUUAAUCUCCGAGGACGCUGUCACUCCCUGGAGACCAAAGAGGUGCAUUUGAUUGGGCCAAAACUAUGAGUCCGCGGCACGGAGAGACACAAACCGGGAGAAUUUCGGCUAUAUCAGCUCGAAAUCAAAUCGGGAUCCUUCAGUUCUGUAGUCGGAGCUCAGCUAAUGAAGAUGCAAAGUGACAGGAAUGUGUUUGGUGCUGUGUGCCCCAACAAAACGAGGCAACAGGGUAGAAGAUCUGCAGGAAACAAAAAGGAUAAAGUGCUGGUUCCUAGAAGUAGCAGCCCCCUCACUGUGUACGUUGAGCUCCCCUGCAUCAUUGAGCAAGCUUUUUCAACAAUUGCAUGGGAUGAUCUGGAGGAUUGUGCGUCUGUGGUGAGAACAAAGAGCGAUUCCCUUGGCCCUCGGGUGAACGAAUCUGAAGCAGAUGACCAUGGUUUUGGAGAUUAUGCACUGGAUUUUAUGGCAGAUUCUCCUGCCACACUGGAGAGCAGUUUGUCUCAGGCUGAACUGGUCCCAUUUCAGGGAUGUGUCAUACCUCCUCUCACCCCUCAGAGGUUCUUGUGCUCAGAGGACAGUUUGGUUCACUCCUCUACAGAAGCAGGAAACCAAUCUACCCAGGAUGGUGUUCUCUGGAAGGACAUCGCUCAGUGCCAAGAGAGAGUUUGGGGAGAGUCCAUAGAGGUCAACCAUCAGCUGAAAGAGACCCUACAGAGAAAACAGGAACAGAUCGACUCACUUCAGGAGAGAAAUCUUCACCUCAGACAGCUGGCCAGCCGAGCAAAGCACCUGGCCUCAGUGCUGGAAAAACUAAUGACGGUCAGAGACCCAAAUGUAAGCGAGCCAGUGAUACCUCAUGGUGAUACAACUUCCCUGAGUCCUUCUAAGCGUCAGCGUCUGGAUGAAGGAUAUGAAACUGAGUCCUCUGACUCAGUGGAGGACAUGCUUAGAGACAUCAGCACACGCUGCAAUGCUGUCCUGCACGGCACUGCCAAAGGAACAAAACCCCAUCAGGAGUCAGAGACUAUUCGCAUGUUCGGUUCAUUUUCAGGCCUACAGACCUGUUUCUCCAAAGAGAGCAGCAUGGCGACAGACGCAGCAGAGCCAGAAGACAGUGUCUCAUCUUUCAGGACUUCAAUUAGAGAACACAGCACCAUCAGGACUCAGGUGUUUCCUAACGGGCGGGCCUUCACAUCCACGACUCAGCAAGGAGGAUACCGCUUUCGCUGGGUUCCAAACCACAGCUGAAAGUAGGGUCAAUAUAUGAAGAACUGGAUCCAUCAGGGCCUCUAAUUAGGGACCUUAAAGGUGCCAUAAGUCUGAUACAGACACGAAGGAAGUGUGGGUGGGCCCUGUGACUGUUAAUGCUUAACUAUAAUCUAUAGUGAUAUCUGUGAAUGAUUAAAUGAUGUCUUCCUCAGGUAGCAUGUAAGCUAAUCAGUCAGAGGUGGUGUGUAACAAAGGAAAUAACACUGCCCCAGCUUUUCUUUUCUUUGUGUUCCUGUUUACAUGCCUCUAUAAUGAUCCAGCCAUACAAAAGAGCAUUGCCAUGGUUAUUUUUACACCUCGAUGUGUUUCAUCGUGAGAAAAAUGAAAAGUCUUUGCA